UAUAGAUACGUUUCUGAGCACCGAUCCCAAAUUCGCAAUUUUUUUGCCCCGAAGAUUUAAAGAUGUUUUUAUGAAAGUGUUGAAUAUUUUAGUAUGCCCCCGCAGAAUAUGAGGGAAAGGUGGGAAUGUUCGUAUCUGAGCAAGGAAACGGAUGCUGAUUUUCGCCAACUUUAUCUGAAGGAAGUCCCUCGGCCCAAAAAAUCUCAGCAGAGUAAAGAUCCAUGGACACGUCUCUAUGUGACGCCGACCUACUCUGCCCUGAAAAGGUGCAACGCCCCCUCGCGACCACCAGAGGAUUCUUUGGACUUGUGGCUAAAGUCAACCUGCAACCAGUUCAAGGAUUGGCCCAUCAACAAACUGGAUGCAGUUCGACAACCGGACUUGGAACCAAAGCGCAGAUGCUUCUGCGAUCCAGUACCACAGGUCAUUGAGCGUCCCUUCAAUCAUCCUCUGAGAAUCGCUCCUUUUUGCGAGACACCCAUGAACAUAAAUUACGUCAAAUUGGCUAUUGAGUGCCCACACAUUUCUCAGACAAAUAGUGGUUAUUCUAGAAAAGUUGAAAAUGGGAACUUUUAUAAAUUAUGAAAUUCA